AUGCUGAGUACGGCGAAAGUGACUAAGAUGGUGGCACGGGAAGCCUUCUGGAUCCAGUACGUGCAAGAGCUACGCGAUUUGGAACUGACAUAUCACAAACGAUUUUUGAAAGUACUUUAGAUUCUUCAUGAUAGACGAUUUUUGAUGAAGGUACUCGAUACAUAAGUAUUUAUACUUUAUGACUUUUGAUUUUGAAUUAUGAAUUACCGCUUCAACAAUAACAACCCUCAACACACCAGGCUCGUUGGCAGUUCCAGUGCAUUUUGAUUUGCGCGCCGAUGAUUCAGCUUCUGGUUGCUUUCAUUUUAGAGGAAAUUGUUUUCGAGAACCGCCUGGGCCUCACUCAGUCUUUCGAAAUGUUAGCAAUGUUCUCAGCUAUGCAACAGCCUUUAUCGUUCUUGGGUUUCAUCUUCAUGAUGUGGCGCAAGCUUGUGGUGGCCUGUGACAGGUUGACGAAUUUCUUCACGGAAGCAAAAUACUGUUAAGGCAAAAACUUGUUGCGGUUCUUGUUCUACGAAAGCAGUUCUUCUGCUUGACUGCAAGGGCACGUGGUAAGUACAUGAUUAGCAACAUUAGUCGGGUACCGGUACAACUAGUCUCCCUCAUCAAUCCAUCUCAUGAGUCUCCCUCGAUCACCAUGGAUGAUCGGGUUACCUUGAUACUUAGUUCCUUCCAGACAGUGGAGCUCUACCUCUAACAUCGGGAACUCGAUCAGCGCGUCCAGUACACAGCUAGCGAUACCGACCCCCUCGAAGUAGCAGCAGGGAGUGAAUUCAAAUGGAUCUAUGUCGAGAAACCAGCCACCGAAAAAGACGAGGAGAACAAAGAGGAGGCUGGUUGUAAUGAAAAAGACGCUAAUAGAGGCAAAGCUGAGGGGGAGGAUGGCCCUAAAGAGGAAGCUGAGGGCGCUGAAGGCGACUCAAGGUCGGGCUCAAAGCCAGGAUCUCCAGUGGAGGAUGGAAGUAGAGAUAGCCCACAGAAGGUGAAGUUAAGGAAGACCGACUAGAUUCUUGCUUGACCACAAAGACCACCAACGAAUUUCGUAUGUCGUAGGAUACUACUGAAGGAAAUUAUCGAUAAGAAUAGUGAUACCUUCCAAGCCGCUGCUUUGACCAACGUCUAACACCCCCAUCAAGUACCGCGACACGACAGAGACGAGCUAGUUUGCCAGAAGUGUCUUUUUCCUGGCAGUCUCUUAGUCCGAUGAAACGAUUCCGGAAAAAACCGGAGGCCGAGAGUGCGGGAGGCGGUGCUUCGUCAUCCAAAUCAAAUGCGGAUGAGACAGGUUCCGUUAAGGCCAAUUACUUCCGCUACUUGUACUUGUAGAGAAGUAGAAUAGUCAAAUCCACCAGAACUAUAGUACCUCCAGUUGUGCUACUUCACGUUCACUGAUAUUAGAAAUUGCCAUUGUGCUCUCCUGCUCCUCGCGGUCCUCAUUCGCAGUUGGCUUAGAGGUUUAGGCGUUGACCUUUAUUACACUUAUCACUUUCUCAUUCUCUCUUCUAUUCUCUCUUCUAUUCUCUCUUCUAUUCUCUCUUCUAUGCUCUCUUCUAUUCUCUCUUCUAUUCUCUCUUCUAUUCUCACUGUUAUUUACUCUUGCCAUGAGUAACAUCCUUGCUCGCGCUCCUCAUUCUCUCUUCAUCUAUUCUAACCCUAGCAAUCUCUAUCUCACUCUCUCUUCUAUUCUCUCUUCUAUUCUAACCCCCACUCUCUCUUCUAUUCUAACGGUCGCACAUCCCCAACGACGAAAAAUAAGAGCUCCAUCGCAAACGAGAAAUUUCGCCUGAAGUUUGGGGAUCCAAUCAAAAUCCAACUGGGAGAAGUUGUCACCAUCGAGGGCAGCGUCGGAAGCGGUAAGACAGCACUUUUGCAUGCUUUGCUAGGCAUGCUUGAGGUCGUCACUGCAGAUGUUAUGGCUCACCCUUUUUCUCCAUCUUCGGAAGCAUCUCAGAGACGUUUGCAAGGGGAUAACGCCCGCAGGAUGAACUUCGAGAUGGAUUUUUAGGGUGAGCUCUAAAGAUGAUUCAUCGGCAGAACAUGGUAGCCAACCGAGCUUCAAUGCAGCUGCAACAACAUCUUCAAGUCGACAAACCUCGUCAAACUCAAACAAGUACAAGGCCCCACCCCCAGUCACGCGACCAGAGCGUCUUGCUUUUUGCCCUCAAACGGCCUGGGUCAUGCAUGACACUGUCGUGAAUAACGUGUGCUUCGGACUUGCUUUUGACGAAUCCCGGUUCUGGCGGUGUCUCGAGGCAGUAGCGUUUGACAAUGAAGUGCGAGCAUUUACAGAUAAAGUUAUGUUCCUGUAUCUAUUGAUCGUAUCUAUUGAUCAAAGCAGAUAAAGUUAUGUUGGUGGAUGGAAACUGAAACACAUGGAUAAGAAUUGCACACAUGGAUAAGAAUUGCCCACGACGCUCACCGGUUAGUACAGUUCCACAGUUUCUUUCCCUUCAGAUCAUGUGUAAUUCCUUCAUGAUACACUUCUUUCUAAUCUCCAACAAACCAACAUCGGCGACCGCGGAACGAGCCUCAGUGGCGGACAAAAAGCCAGACUCUCAUUAGCGAGAGCUCUCUAUUCCGAUAUGAAACGAAAAAGUGCACUCACACUCAAGAAAUUGGCUAGGAUUUAAGUAGGAAAAUAGCCACUUUUUUUGAGUGUGAGUGCGCUUUUUUCUUUCAUAUCCGACGAAAAAAUCUUACUCCUGGAUGACCCUUUCGCGGCCUUGGAUGUGCAUGUGACCGCCCACACUUCUCACGCAUUGUUGGACUUCCUAAAAGGCGAAAAUCGCACCUUAAUCCUGGUAGCGUCCAAAGUUCCCAAGCGUGUAGCAAAGGUGAGAACACAGAAGAUCCUAGUCUCUGACGAUGGCGUUGUCACAGUAGCGCCAGGCGUUGUGGACGGAGCUCCUCCUGCUUUAGAAGAUGGUCUAGACUCGCCAACGAACAAAGAAACAAAAACCGUAGAUGAACAAGACAUCAAGGUCCUGGAAAACAUGAAUGUUGCUACUGAGGCAAAAACUUCGGAUAACGACGAUGUUGAUCCGAACAAUAGUGGUGAGGGUAAAAAAGAAGAAGGAGAUACAGACAAAGAUGCCAAGACGAAAGAAAAGCAGGAGUCACAGGGAGCUGGUGUCGUGCCUUUACGGUACUACAUCUGGCUUGCUGCGCACACCAAGGCGGGAAUGAUCGCGACAGUGUUUGCUCUGAUGAUUGUCUUAUGGAUGAAAACACAGUAAAUGCAUUAUACAUAGCAGAGUGGUCCCAAGAUCACCAAGCAGAACUACAGCAAGAUACAAUGCAUGCUUAAAAACGACUUAUGAUUCUUAUACGACUCAUCCUUAUCCUCUUGGCCUUCUAACAAACGGAAACCUUGCUAAAGUCUUCCUAGAAUUCCUCAUCGCGUUAUACGGCGAGCAAAACGACAAUCGCCGAGCUGGUAUCGAGAACGACAAGAACGUUAUUGAUUUUUUGACUCCUUGGUGGUCCGACAGUAAAGACGAUGACGAAGAAGCAGUGCAGUUUAUUUUCCUCUUCGCCAUUGCUUCUAUCCUCGCAGUCGUCAUCACCUACACUGGCGCGAUGGCGGUGAUGCACAGCAUGCUGAUGAUCAGCCGACACAUGCAUCGCAACUUGCUGUUCGCACUAGCCCAAGCCAGGCUUCGUUUCUACGAGAACACUUCAGUGGGCAGGAUUUUGAACCGAUUUUCUGCCGACUUCGACGCCGUUGAUCAUCAACUCCCCCAAAAUGCAGAAUCUUACCUGCAGUGCAUUGUCAAACUCGUAUCUGCGAUUCUCGUGAUGUCUGUUGGCGCCCCACUCUUUAUUGUGCCGAUGUCGAUCUUUAUGUACGUUUUUGUGUAUCUGCAGGACCUGUUCCGACCAUUGGCGCGUUUGUUGCAAAGAAACGCAGCAGCAGACAGGAGUCCGGUGUAUACGAAGUUUGAUCAGCUCCUACAGGGUAUGCAAGUGGUCCAGGCACAUGGCAAGAGUAAACAGUGGUACUCAGACUUCGCAGUUGUCAUGGACAAGCAACACCAGAGCUAUUGGGUCAUGAAUCAAGGUACUAUUCUUCGGUACUGAAAUUUCCUAUGUUGCUGAGAUCCGCAGGUGGCACUCACUUUCACUUUCACUGAUGCUUUCAAUAUUUUCUUGGUCUCACUGAUUAUAACUGACUAACUUUACACUCUUCUUCGUUACUUGCACCAGCACAGGUAACCGUUGGUGGGGCGUCCGCCUCGAAGCUCUGAGUGUCAUUCUGCUUUGUAUCGUGCCAGUCUGCCUCAUUAUCUGGAAGGAGUACAUUGACAGCAGCCUCAGUCGUCCAAUUAUUGCUUUAUGAAUAGAAUUCAACUUUGUUUUUGAUUCAAGUAUGUGCAGCAUUCAAAUGACUGUGAGACAAGGAAACUCCCAACCACUUGCAUUUUCUGCUCCACCUAAGCUCCCCACUUCAUGUCCUCCCUUGACAACCACGUAAGUAGCUGCAUCCUCUCCCCUCAUGCUUCUCAUUGUUCUCUAAUCUCCGUAGUCGUCCUUCAAAGCAUGCAGAUGACCUUCCUGUUUAACUGGGCAGUUCGCAUGCGGACCGAGUUCGAGGCGAAGAUGGUGUCGGUCGAAAGAAUACACGAAUACACUGUGGUAGAGAAAGAAGAAAGUUUUAAUCCUAGAGGAGGAGAAAUUCUUAAGGCUUCCACAAAUCCAAGUCCAUCUUGUUAAAGAGCUUCCUGGGACCGUUUUCACGGGGGGAAAGGUCCCAGGAUUCACUAUAAGAUUUGGGUUUAGGGGGAAGCUCGAAAAUUCAGGAUCAAGCAAGCGCUGCGAAGACAGGCGGCGCUCGCAGUACUUCGAAAAUAAGUACGAAGGAGAGUGAGGUUGCGGUGGACAACAGCAUAGUCUUGUUCGGAGCGGCGCACUUGUUCCGGGCUAGCUCUUUAAGGCAUGAAAAAAAUCAAGAAGGGAACACUCGAGUCAAUUUUUCGGUUUUAUUCCUAGCACGUACUAUUCCUAGCACAAGCUUUAUCUCCUCUUCUAACCCUGGGACACGCUCUCGUAGCGCCUGUGAUGAAAGGGGGCCCAGCUAUGCCCUUGAAGCCGAUAACGACCGGUGCUGUUGCAGCUCCAGCUAAAGCCGCAGACCCUGCAGCAAUGGUCGAAUUCUGCGAUGUCAAGCUUCGGUAUCGCGAGUACCACCCUUACGCCCUCAAGGGUGUGAACUUCGCGCUCGCUCCUGGUUCAUCCACAGCCGUCAUAGGUCGAACAGGCAGUGGGAAAAGUUCGCUGUUUGCGGUUUUGUUGCGGUUGGUUGACGAGUACGAAGGUCAGGUUUUCUUGAACGGAUAUGAGAUCAGCAACAUACCACUGGCGGCUUUGAGAGGAUUGCAAGUAUGACGCGAUGUUGUAACUAGGUUUUUUGCAAUCUAGUAAUAGUAUUCGUAUUGAAGUUCUUUCAGUUUCUUAUUGAACAAGUGGGCCUCUCAUCUAACCUCUCUCGCCGUCGUGCCACAAGAGCCUCUGCUGUUUUCUGGACCGCUGAGACACACUCUUAUGACGAGUCUCGCGCCAGGGCAGAAGAUCUUCGCACGUGGAACCAUGGACCAAUACAGCAACAAUGCAAGGCCAAUAAGUCUCGGGAAGGCUGAUGUGGACGACGUUCUGAUUUUGGAAGCUUUGGUUAUGACAAACUUGUUUCAUUCUCAACAUGUAGCGAGCUGGUGUGUGUUCUUACUCGGGUCAGUGUACUACUUAUGUAAUUCAAUUUAUUACAAGAAACUUUUUUUUGUUUCCUAGUUAGACGUGCUCCACCGAUUUUAUUACAAUAUAAGUACUCAAGAAAUAUUUAGAAGAAACUGCCUUUCUACUGUCCCUUUUCCAUACCUUCCCCAUCCCUUUCUUUCAUAUUCUAGACCGUGGGCCUGAAGGAUCUGGUGCUCGAGCGUGGAGGACUUGACGACUUCGUAGUGGACCCGACAGCUACCGAUCUCUCGUUCGGUCAGCGGCAACUCCUGUGUGUAGCACGUGCACUUAUAAAAGUCCGAGCUCUGACUGGCGGUGCAUCAGGUAGAGGCUCUACAUCUUGAGUAAAUCCUAGUGCAAUUGUUCUUUAUAGCUUUGAAGAUUUGUGGUCCAACUCGACCUCACAACUUCUUUGAUGAAGAAGAACUAGAAUCUACGAAUACUUUAAUAAACCGUCCAUGCUCCAUAAAGGACACAACUUCCAAGGUGAAACCGGCAAAGUGCUCCUCAUCUCCGACGAAGCGACAUCGAGCUUAGACCGAGAGACCGAUAUGAAGAUCCAGAGGGUGCUAGCCGGUGAAGCCAAGAAUCCGAAUGUGUGUGUGGUGUCUAUCGUCCAUACACUGGACAGCAUCCUGGCGCACUACGACCGCGUUCUGACCAUGUCAGAUGGGCUAGUAGACUCUUUUGGAGAUCCAAGAGAGUUAGCAAAGGACCCGAAUACGAUUUUUGCGACCAUGCUAGAAAAACAAGGAGUUAGUUUUGCGACAUGA